CUACCCGGGGAUCCGGUUGUGCGGGAUGAGGAUUUCGGUUGGAUGGCGGAGAAGUAUCCGGAGAAUAUGAUCGACUACUACGUAGUAACAUCCGAUCACCUUGUUCCAGCUGAUGAGAUAAAUCCAGAGGUAUUGCAGAUUGACAUCAUUGAGGUUGAAGAUGAUGCGGGUGGGGUUUAUGCGAAUACAUGGCUGUUAUUUGCUGUAGAUCCGGCUGACUAUCUUGGGAAAAAUGUGAUU